CGAUUUCCCCAAAGAACAGCCUUGGCUUUUCUUCUAUCACUUCUCUCAAACUUAUUCUCUCCCUCUCACCUUAUUUUGUCUAUUGACCAUCAUUUCUCUCUCCAAACACAACCUACACCAUUUUCAAUUCUUCUCCCUAUCUCUAAUUUACUAUUAAUACAAUGGUAAUGAGUUGCGCAAAAAAGAUUCCAUCCAUGCCUAAAGAUGAGAACAAGCCUCUAACUUUUGACGACCUUGUUAGAACCCAAUCAAACAUACCCCCACAGUUCAUAUGGCCUGACCACGAGAAGCCUACUACCAACACACCAGAACUCAAUGUUCCUCUCAUUGACUUGGGCGGUUUCUUCUCCGGAGACCCUGUCUCCGCCGUGGAAGCCUCCAGGCUAGUUGGGGAAGCGUGCCGGGAGCACGGCUUCUUUCUCGUCGUCAAUCAUGGCGUGGACACCGGACUCAUAUCGGACGCUCAUCGUUAUAUGGAGCUCUUCUUUGACCUGCCACCCUCUGAGAAGCAAAGGUGUGAGAGGAAGCUCGGUGAGCACUGUGGGUAUGCUAGUAGCUUCGUUGGCCGGUUUUCCUCCAAGCUGCCAUGGAAAGAAACCCUUUCUUUCCGAUUCUCAGCUGAGAAGAACUCUCCGAACGUCGUCGAGGAGUAUUUCCGUAACAAGAUGGGUGAAGAUUUUGAUCAAUUUGGGAGGGUUUACCAAGACUACUGCAAGGCCAUGAGCACUCUGUCUCUUGGAAUCAUGGAGCUCCUGGGGAUAAGCCUUGGUGUGAACCAAGCUCAUUUCAGGGAUUUUUUCGAAGAAAAUGAAUCCAUAAUGAGACUCAACUACUAUCCGCCAUGUCAGAAACCAGACCUCACUUUAGGAACUGGUCCUCAUUGUGAUCCAACAUCUUUAACCAUCCUUCACCAAGACACUGUGGGUGGCCUUCAAGUGUGUGUUGACAAUGAAUGGCGUUCAAUUAGCCCCAAUGUCAACGCUUUUGUCGUUAACAUUGGGGACACCUUCAUGGCUCUAUCAAAUGGAAGAUACAAAAGUUGCCUGCAUCGAGCCGUGGUGAACAACACAAGUGCUAGGAAGUCUCUUGCUUUCUUUCUAUGUCCAAAGGAAGAUAAGGUUGUAAGCCCACCAACUGAAUUGUUGGACAACAACAGCCCUAGAGUCUACCCGGAUUUCACAUGGCCGAUGCUGCUCGAGUUUACACAGAAGCAUUACAGAGCUGACAUGAACACCCUUGAAAGGUUCUCAACUUGGGUUCAAGAAAAGACUGCCCAAGUCGUCUAAUCCAAGCUCCAAUUAGCCAGUCAUCGACUGGUUCAAGUCUCUCUACGGACGAAGGUGCAUGACAUUGAGAGAGUGAAGCAAAAUUGAGGAGAGAGGAGACAGAAAGAGAGGGGGUGGAGGGAUCCUGUUUAAAGUUUUGGGGAAGAAAAAAUGCAGAUUUUGAGGAAUUAGUGGCCACUUUUAUGUUAAAAGGGUAAGGUAAGCUAGGGAUCAGAUGAGAUAGUAGGAUUGAAUAAAAGGCUACAUGAGCCAGUUUUUUUUUUCUUUUUUUUUCCUAAUGUUUUCUAUAAUAUUAUAUAGAAAUUAUGAUCAACAGCAUUA